AUGGUCUGCAUUACAGAGACUUGGUUAUCUCCUGCAAUUCCUGACAACUUGGUAUCCUUGUCCAAUUUCAAUCUGUUUAGGAACGAUAGACUGGUUUCAAACGGCGGAGGUGUUUGUGCCUACAUAAAUAGCAAUAUCUAUUGUAGACGAAUUAGGGAAUUUGAAAACUCUUCGAUUGAAUCACUGUGGUUAUCAGUGAGACCAAAGAAGCUACCCCGCUCUGUCUCGGUUAUCUUACUGGCUGUUGUUUACCAUUCAACAGCAUCCCGCCAAACUGAAAAUGUAGAAUUGUAUUCACACAUUCAAACCAAUGUGGACUCAUUUUUAUAUUUCCACCCUGAAGCUUUGGUCCGAAUUACGGGCGACUUCAAUUUUAGAAGCACGGGUCUCGAUGCAAACCAUCUUAAAAGAAUUGCUGGUCUGACGCAGAUAGUCAAGGUAGCUACCAGAGCUGAUGUAACUUUAGACUGGUGUUUAACCAACUCAAAGGUGGAUAAUAUUUACGAAUCAAUCCAACUUCCUCCCAUUGGAACCAGUGAUCAUUAUACGAUUCUUAUGAAAGCCCAACCUUCUCCCCCAAAGCCAGACAAUUCACAUAUAUGGAAACGCGAUCUCAGAGAUAGCAGGAUACGGCCUUUUGGACGAUAUAUCACUACAUUUGACUGGUCUCCUAUCUUGGACAUACAUGACUGUGAUACAAAAUAUAAAAAGUUUAACGAUACAAUGACUGUGAUGAUUGAAAAAUUCUUUCCCUUGGAACGGAUUAAAGUACGAAAGUGUGAUAAGCCUUGGAUGACGUCAUCAAUAAAGUCUGCUAUUGGGAGACGCCAAAAAGCCUUACACGAAAGCGGGAAAAAUUCAGAUAUUUAUAAAUAUUGGCGUAACAGAGUCCAAUCAUGCAUUAAAGCUGCACGAAAGAUCUACUAUAUGGGGUCAGUUGAGAAAUUAAAAAAUUCUAACCCGGCAAGAUGGUGGAAAGAAGUGAAAGCCAUUGGUGGUCUCUCGUCAAAAAAUUCUUGGUAUUCUCAGCUAUUUUCUGAUGAUGUUCGGAAUUGCGAAGAACUGGCCGAAAAUUUUAAUAACUUUCUUACUGCCCUUACAUCACAUUUUGACCCUCUAACUCUCGACGAAACCCAGGAGGGCCUAGAAGUACCAAACCAUUACCUCGUUGACGCCCAACAGAUCUAUAUGAAACUUAGUAAAAUUAAAACCACAAAAUCACCGGGUCCUGACAUGUUUCCAAAUAAAAUCCUGAAAACAUUUGCCUUUGAGCUUGCCCCAGUUCUCUCAGACAUUUUCAACUCAUCCAUGACACAAGGCACCUUCCCAAAGGCAUUGAAGAGAUCUAUUGUAGUGCCUGUCCCUAAGGUAUCACCCCCAAAGAGUAUUGAAGACGACCUACGACCAAUAUCUUUAACAUCUCAGAUCGCCAAAGUUAUGGAGGAUUGUACUUUGGACAAUUUUUUUCCUGAAGUUGUAAAUAAACUUGACACCAAACAAUUUGAACUCCCAAAGAAAUCAACGACCCACGCUUUGGUCUACCUUUUACAUUCAAUCUUGGUUGCUCUUGAAAGAGGUUCCUGUACUGCCAGAUUGUUCUUUGCAGAUUUCAAGAAAGGUUUUGACCUAGUAGACCACAAUGUUAUUAUUAAAGAAUUAACCCUGCUUGGUACCCAUCCCUCUCUAAUUCGGUGGAUUAAAGCCUUCCUCUGCGAUCGCGAACAAUGUGUCCGGGUGGGAACUUCUAUGUCCUCUUGGAAGAAAACAAAUGGUGGCUUGCCACAAGGUACAAAGUUGGGUCCAUUAUUGUUUGCUGUUCUCAUUAAUUCCUUGCUUAAAAACUGGCCCAGUAGGAUCAAGUUUGUGGAUGACACCUCAGCCCUAGAGAUUAUACCACGUUUUUCAUCCAGUUUAAUGCCAUUAGUCGUAAAUGAAAUCUCGGACUACGCCUUAGAACGUGGAAUGGAACUAAAUUAUAAGAAAUGCAAACAAAUGUUGAUCAACUUUCUUAAAUAUAAAGGAUCUGAUAAUGAAAACCCGAUCUAUGUUGCAGGUAAACCGGUGGAAACUGUGUCCUCUUUCAAACUCCUAGGUGUAUGGAUAUCAAAUGACUUGUCAUGGAAUACUCAUGUCGACAUGGUAUUGAAAAAGGCAAAUUCUCGCUUAUACGCAUUGCGUCUGUUAAAAAGGCUGGUCUCCAAGCAUCUGACAUCGUCCAAAUAUAUAUCUCAUUCAUCAGAUCCAGAAUUGAAUAUGCAUCCCCUGUAUGGUCGUCAAUACCUAAAUCAUUAUCUGACAUUCUCGAAUCUGUUCAAAAGAGAGCAUUGA